AUGGAGGUAAAUAUACCAGAAGAAGGCACAAUGGCAGGCAGUGACCAACCUUCAAUCCUUACUAUAGCACCACUAUUUGCCGUGGGCGACGAUGGUGAAUUUUUAUCGGGGUUGGAGGAGUUCCAGUGGCGGCAGGACUCCUUUCCUCAGGUCGCCCCUGACGACAUUGUGGCGUAUGAAUACAUUGAGCGAUCUUCUGGCAUGUGGCGUUGCAGCCUAGGAAUUGUGUGCAGCGAUGUUGUUUGCCGCUCUUUGUACAUAGAACCUCUGGUACCAAGUGAUCAGGAGGGAGGUGCCUGCCCGCUGACAAAAGCCCUGGCUGCCGUAACGACGGAGGAGGGACGCGAACUUCUGCUACGGAUUCCUCCUCUACAGUCCCAGCUGAUUCAGCACAGAGACGAAGCGGUUCGGCUUUCGCAAGAGCGCGCAAAAUUAUAUCGUGAGCUUUCUAUGAAAAAUCUGGAUGUUGCCACGAAGAAGCGAGAGGCUGAGAUGCAGCUUAGGCACGCCUGCCACGUGGUGCGCCAGGUCGAUGCUCGGCAUUGGAGAGAGCUUGUGUCGUACCGAACACCCCCGGAUAUUGUCGUGCGUGUCAUGGGAUUAGUAAUGGUACUGCUUGGUGAGAGGAGGCGCACAUGGAGUGAGAUGCAGCCUUUUCUGCACCGUGCUGGGAUACUGCAGGUGCUGAUGCAGUUUGACCCGCUGACCAUCAGCAAGGAGUGCCACGACGAACUCGUUUCACAGUACACUAACUCUCUGAACUUUACGUACGAGGAAGCCCUCAAAGGGAGUCAUGCACUUGGCUCCGUGCAACAGUGGGUCGUGGCUAAUAUGAGGAUGAUUUGCGUGAAUUGGCACGAGCACCACUUACGCGAUGUGCAACAGUCCGGCGAGGACGCGACUCAUCUUCAACACCGUGUAGAACAAGUGCGCAAGCGGUUGGAUGUCAUUACACGAGAAAUACGUUCAUUAUGGAAUAACUACGAACGCCUUGAAAACACUGAUCACCGUGGGGUAGCUUGUUCCCGAUGGAAGAGCCCAAGCCGCUAUGGGGCUCGAGCACCGAGAAUGGAUCAUGUUCAUCCAAGCGAGCGUGCAUGUACUCCGCCGCGGGCCUACGAUGAAUUUGUGUCGGUGGAAAGAUUUGCUGCCAAGACAUGGGUCCGAUCGUUAACUCGGCAGCACCAACGUAUCUUACACUCAAGUGUGCUCUGUACCAUCGGUCGGUCACAACGUUCUCAGGACACUGUUGACCUGACCAGCGACCAGUACGCAAGGCUAUGUAAUCUGUUCACUACCGUUUUGUGCAGAAACGGAUCCCCAGGUUCUGGGCUCCACCGCCCAUCUCCGCGAUCUAGCCCUUCAGCGAGGUCAACAAUCAGAACCAGUACGCCCUAUCGUGCACGUUAUAUCCAUCAAGGUGAAAGUAGUUCCCCGGUGCACGACAGUGCAAAGCGCGACGAGGGUAAAAUUACCCGAUCACAGUGGGGCCACCUCGACAAAAGUCCACUGCAGGUGCGCCACCACCGCCUUAGAAAUGAAGACUCUCCACAGCAAUCAUCGUGCGCCGAUGCAGAUUCGAAACGGCAGCGGAUGCAACCAAUUGCUCAGUCACACAAAGAUGUUAACCAAACGAGAGAUAGCAGUCGACAGCUGCACAGCAUCACAAAAAACUGUGAGGAAAAAAUAAGGCAGUCUGGCAAUACUUCAACGGCAAUUUUCCAUACGGCGCAAUGCGAUGAACAGAUGUCACAAAACCACCUUCAAGACAAAAAGAAAAAUGAAAAGCAAGAAAUGAACAGAGAAAAAUUAGAGGCGUCAUUGAAAGGAGAAAUGAGGGGACUAAACGAGCAACUCAGCGAGAUGACUGGAUCAAUGACGCUUCUAGAAAAGGAGCUAAAAAAGCAGCUGAACAAGGUGACAGAGUCGAGGGCAUUGAUGGAAAAAGAACUGAAGGAACUGAGGAAGCAACUGAGUGAUGUGACUGAUUCCAAAUCAUCACUCGAGAAGGAACUGAAGGAACUGAGGAAGCAACCGAGUGAUGUGGCUGGUUCCAAAUCAUCACUCGAGAAGGAACUGAAGGAACUGAGGAAGCAACUGAGUGAUGUGGCUGAUUCCAAAUCAUCACUCGAGAAGGAACUGAGGAAGCAACUGAGUGAUGUGGCUGGUUCCAAAUCAUCACUCGAGAAGGAACUGAAGGAACUGAGGAAGCAACCGAGUGAUGUGGCUGAUUCCAAAUCAUCACUCGAGAAGGAACUGAAGGAACUGAGGAAGCAACCGAGUGAUGUGACUGGUUCCAAAUCAUCACUCGAGAAGGAACUGAAGGAACUGAGGAAGCAACUGAGUGAUGUGGCUGAUUCCAAAUCGUCACUCGAGAAGGAACUGAGGAAGCAACUGAGUGAUGUGGCUGGUUCCAAAUCAUCACUCGAGAAGGAGCCGGAUGAACUGAAGAAGCAACUGAGUGAUGUGGCUGGUUCCAAAUCGUCACUCGAGAAGGAACUGAGGAAGCAACUGAGUGAUGUGGCUGGUUCCAAAUCAUCACUCGAGAAGGAACUGAAGGAACUGAGGAAGCAACUGAGUGAUGUGGCUGGUUCCAAAUCGUCACUCGAGAAGGAACUGAGGAAGCAACUGAGUGAUGUGGCUGGUUCCAAAUCAUCACUCGAGAAGGAACUGAAGGAACUGAGGAAGCAACUGAGUGAUGUGGCUGAUUCCAAAUCAUCACUCGAGAAGGAACUGAGGAAGCAACUGAGUGAUGUGGCUGGUUCCAAAUCAUCACUCGAGAAGGAACUGAAGGAACUGAGGAAGCAACUGAGUGAUGUGGCUGAUUCCAAAUCGUCACUCGAGAAGGAACUGAAGGAACUGAGGAAGCAACUGAGUGAUGUGGCUGGUUCCAAAUCAUCACUCGAGAAGGAACUGAAGGAACUGAGGAAGCAACUGAGUGAUGUGGCUGAUUCCAAAUCAUCACUCGAGAAGGAACUGAAGGAACUGAGGAAGCAACUGAGUGAUGUGGCUGGUUCCAAAUCAUCACUCGAGAAGGAACUGAAGGAACUGAGGAAGCAAUUGAGUGAUGUGGCUGAUUCCAAAUCAUCACUCGAGAAGGAGCCGGAUGAACUGAGGAAGCAACUGAGUGAUGUGGCUGGUUCCAAAUCAUCACUCGAGAAGGAACUGAAGGAACUGAGGAAGCAACCGAGUGAUGUGGCUGAUUCCAAAUCAUCACUCGAGAAGGAACUGAGGAAGCAACUGAGUGAUGUGACUGGUUCCAAAUCAUCACUCGAGAAGGAACUGAAGGAACUGAGGAAGCAACUGAGUGAUGUGGCUGGUUCCAAAUCAUCACUCGAGAAGGAACUGGGGAAGCAACCGAGUGAUGUGGCUGGUUCCAAAUCAUCACUCGAGAAGGAACUGAAGGAACUGAAGAAGCAACUGAGUGAUGUGGCUGGUUCCAAAUCAUCACUCGAGAAGGAACUGAAGGAACUGAAGAAGCAACUGAGUGAUGUGACUGGUUCCAAAUCAUCACUUGAGAAGGAACUGAAGGAACUGAGGAAGCAACUGAGUGAUGUGGCUGGUUCCAAAUCAUCACUCGAGAAGGAACUGAAGGAACUGAAGAAGCAACUGAGUGAUGUGACUGGUUCCAAAUCAUCACUCGAGAAGGAACUGAAGGAACUGAGGAAGCAACUGAGUGAUGUGACUGGUUCCAAAUCAUCACUCGAGAAGGAACUGAAGGAACUGAGGAAGCAACUGAGUGAUGUGGCUGGUUCCAAAUCAUCACUCGAGAAGGAACUGGGGAAGCAACUGAGUGAUGUGGCUGAUUCCAAAUCAUCACUCGAGAAGGAACUGAAGGAACUGAGGAAGCAACUGAGUGAUGUGGCUGGUUCCAAAUCAUCACUCGAGAGAAGGAACUGA